UUUUUUGGCUCGGGAACUACCACCAUUUAAUCAGCAAAACUCGGACGUUUUUCUUCAAAUUACGUUCCAAUAAGCUUUCCUUUCUCGCCUUCUACAGCCCUCCCAAGAUUUGACUACCACAUCUUCAUGAAUUCAAGAACCACUGUGGGAUCUGUAGUUUCCUGUAAAGCGGGAAACAAGGACGACUUCAUUUUCUGGAUUCUCGUUUGCUUGCUCUCAAAGUUCUUUAAAACUCGCACCUUGAACUCGAAUGAUUCUUUAAUUAAGGCUAUUGUUAGGCUCCUUUAGUUAAUUUGCACCGUGGAAGUGAUCCACUUGUAGCCAGUUUUAGGAGUGUUUGAUAAUUGGUCGUCUGCAUCCCUCAAUUAGUAUUUGGCAGCAUGGUUUCUUCUCAACUACCUUCUCAACCAAAAGCUCGUACAUGCAAGCCUGUUCAGUUCCAGAUACUCUUACCUGUGAAUCCUCCUGAUGCUGUUUCUUCUGAGCAGGUUGAGUUGGACUUUUCUGAUGUAUUUGGCCCACUGCCAAUUCAAGCUUCCUCCGAUCUCAGUAAUGGAAAACCUGGAACAGCAGAUGUGAAUGAGCUUGUGUAUGAUGAUCCUGAAGUAAUUUACCACCGAUCACAUUCAUUGGUCGGUCCUUCUGCUUGUGUUAGUCAAUCUCUGAAACUUAGUGGACUCACCAUACACGAGAAAGAGGAUCAAAUUGAAAUUGAUGAUUGUGUUAUCAACAAGACAAUCAAAGAAGAUCAAGAACUCUUAGAGAUUGAUUCUGUUGCUGAGGAUGUUCCUGAUGAUUUGACAAAAGUCCAGACUGUGGGCCUUGAGGAUUUUGAGGUUUUCAAAGUUGUUGGACAGGGUGCAUUUGGAAAAGUGUAUCAAGUAAGAAAAAAGGGCACGUCAGAAAUUUAUGCGAUGAAGGUCAUGAGGAAGGAUAAGAUCAUGGAGAAAAACCAUGCUGAAUAUAUGAAAGCAGAGAGGGAUAUCUUAACAGAGAUAGAUCAUCCCUUCAUUGUUCAACUGAGAUACUCAUUCCAGACAAAAUAUAGACUUUACCUGGUUCUAGAUUUCAUUAAUGGUGGACACCUUUUCUUUCAACUAUAUCAUCAUGGCCUUUUCAGAGAAGAUCUGGCACGUGUCUACACAGCAGAAAUCGUUUCAGCUGUGUCUCACCUUCAUUCUAAGGGCAUAAUGCACAGGGAUCUCAAACCUGAGAAUAUUCUACUGGAUGCAGAUGGCCAUGCAAUACUCACUGAUUUUGGAUUAGCGAAGCAAUUAGAAGAGAAUGCAAGAUCAAACUCUAUGUGUGGAACUGUAGAAUACAUGUCACCGGAAAUUAUUCUUGGUAAGGGCCAUGAUAAGGCUGCUGAUUGGUGGAGUGUUGGAAUCCUGUUAUUUGAGAUGCUUACUGGGAAGCCUCCAUUUAUUGGCGGUAAUAGGGACAAAAUUCAACAAAAGGUUAUUAAGGAUAAAAUUAAGCUGCCUGCAUUUCUGACAAGCGAGGCACACUCACUGUUGAAGGGGCUGCUUCAAAAGGACCCGAGUAAGCGGCUUGGUAGUGGACCAAAGGGAAGUGAUGAAAUAAAGAGGCAUAAAUGGUUCAAGUUGAUCAACUGGAAGAAAUUGGAAGCUAGGGCUAUACAACCAAGUUUUCGGCCCGAAGUUGCAGGAAAACAUUGCAUUGCUAACUUUGAUAAGCAGUACACAGAAAUGCCAGUCUCAGAUUCUCCAGUUUCGAGUCCUAAAGUUGAUGGAAACCAUUUUCAGGGUUUCACCUAUGUGAGGCCUGCUUCCCCCUUUCUCCAAAGGGAUAGUCCCUUGUGCUAGGAUGGAUUUGUUGCACAAGAUUGUCAUUGCGUUUUCUUGAAUCUGGCUCAGUUUAUUGGAUAAUAGCGAAUAGUUUAUGAUAGUCCUUGUGCUAGGAUGGAUUUGAUGCAUAAGAUUGUUAUUGCGUUUCUUGAAUUUUGCUCAUUUUAUUUUAUAAUAUCGAACGUUUAUUGGAAACUGACCCCAUAUUCAUGGGGGAGUGUCAUAAAAGUGUGUGUUGGUUAGUUUGGUAAGAUGGACUGGUCCAUAUUGACUACCAUUGAAACUAUAAUCUUUGUUCA